GUCAGAGGAGGAGAUGCUGAAGUUUAUGGGUCUGAUGAACUCAACAUGGGUCCUGGAUGGACACGACAUUGUCACAGCCUUCAACCUCUCCUGCUUUCAGGCCAUGGUGGACCUCGGAGGUUGUUCGGGUGCUCUGGCCAGGGAGCUGUCCAAGGCCUACCCUUCCUCUUCUGUCACAGUGUUGGACCUUCCUAAAAUUAUCCAGGCAGCCAGACAGCACUUCACUGAACAGGACGACACCAUCGUGUUUCAGGAGGGAGACUUCUUUGACGGAGACAUCCCUCCAGCUGAUCUGUACAUCUUGGCCAGAAUCCUCCAUGACUGGAAGGAAGAGAAAUGUGUUCAGCUGCUGAAGAAGAUCCAUGCAUGUUGUCAACCAGGUGGUGGGGUUCUGUUAGUGGAGGCUCUACUGUUUGAGAACCAUCGAGGUCCGGUCAUGGCUCAGAUCUUCUCCCUCAACAUGUUGGUCCAGACGGAGGGGAAGGAGCAUCCUCCCUCUCAGUACUCUAGCAUGCUCUCCUUCGCUGGCUUCCACAACGUCCAGGUCUGUCGGACAGGGAAGUCCUACGAUGCCAUCCUGGCCAUCAAAUGAAUCUGUCAGGCUGCUUAGACCAUGAAAUCUCUAUGGUUUAGACCAUGAGUUCUCUUAGGAAGUAUCUAUCUUGUGUGAAGCCUCCAUGUUAGCAGUCUGUCUGCAUGAACCUCAUCCUUCAGAUGCAGCGGACCAGAUAGUCUCCUGGUGACUCUGUUAUUGGCUAGCUAAGAUGACAUCACAGUGUUAUUGGCUA